AUGAAUAUCAUCACUUCUUCUCAAAGAGAGCCUACGGACUCACAACGUAUAAAAGCUCAGAAUAAGCUGUUUGUUGUGAAUAUCAAAAGGGAGACCACAGGACAAAAAGUUUCGUUAAACGACAGAUUUUCUUUCUUGGCCAAUUGCCAUAUCUUGAUUGACAAGAAAGAGGGAGAAGAUAAAGAAAGUUUGAAGUAUCCUGUGUCUCUAGUUCCUUAUAACCCUCCUGAAGAUACCUUACAUGAGCCAACUGUUGGAAAUCAUACAAGUCCUAUAACUUCUUUUCCGUGUAGAAAUGAAGUCACUCCUGCCAAUACUACUACUUUUACUCCUAGUCCAUUCCGUAACUUCAGAGGUGGUUCGAAGUAUCAACCUAUGAAGUCCAAAUGGCAGGGUUAA